AUGCCUGGGGCAUUGCUGCUGCGAUGGUCACUGUGGGGCCGGCCUGGCAUGAAGGCCUUGGUCACUGUCGGCAUGUUUGUAACCACCCUUUGGAACCUGAGGUUCUUCCUCAACCCCUCUAAGGGCUCUGGAGAAGAUUCUAAACGCAGGGAGCCGUUAGUGAUCCUGGUGUGGGAAUGGCCCUCCAAGCAGGUCCCCAACAUCAGCAGAGAUGUGUGCCAUGAGCUGUACAGCAUCACAGGUUGCCAGCUCACCACAGAGCGGCAGCUCCUGCACCAGGCCAAUGUGGUGGUGUUCCCCCACUCCAGCCUCCAGCCUGGCCGGGACAAACUGCCCAAGGAGAGGCUGCCAGGGCAGAACUGGGUGUGGGUCUCCCUGGAGUCCCCCACCAACACUAGAGCUCUAGCAGCAUGGAACCAGACCUUCAACUGGGUGAUGACCUACAGACAGGAUUCGGACAUCUUCAUCCCCUAUGGCAAGCUUGUGCCCAACCAGUCAGCCACCAUGAACAUCCCUGCAAAGACCAACUUGGUGUCCUGGGUUAUCAGCAACUACCACAGGACUCAGAAAAGAGCUGAAGUCUACAAGAACCUCUCCAGGUAUCUCCAUGUGAAUAUAUAUGGGAAAGCAAACAACAAGCCCCUCUGCAAGGACUGCCUCUUGCCAACAGUAUCCAAGUCGAAGUUCUACCUGGCCUUUGAGAACUCCAUCCAUCGGGACUACAUCACAGAGAAACUCUGGAGGAACUCACUGCUGGCUGGCACUGUGCCUGUGGUGCUGGGGCCACCCAGGGCCAACUAUGAGCAGUUUGUUCCUGCAGACUCCUUCAUCCAUGUCAACGACUUUGACUCCCUGGAGGAGCUGGCCACCUUCCUGAAGACCAUGAACUCCAGCCGCUACCGGCAGUUCUUUGCCUGGCAGAAGAGGUUCAGUGUGAAGCUCUACACUGACUGGAGGGAGCGGAUCUGUGCCAUCUGCACAGCCUACCCCCACCUGCCCCAUGGCCACCUCUAUCCUGACCUGCAGAGCUGGUUCAAUUCCUAGUGUGUGCCAGGACCCUUGGGAUGAAUGCAGGCAGAGGUGGGAGGUGCAUGAGGCAUCCACCCG